CUCGGGGGCAUCUUGGGGGUGGGUUGGGGGCCUCUUGGGAGGCUCUCGGGGGCCGCUCGGGAGCCCCGUGGGGGCCUCUCGGGCCUCCCCGGUGGUCUCGGCCGCUCCGUGUGUGCGGGGCUCCCCGGCCCGUCGACGCGUCAACCUCGCCUUCCUGCGCUGGCAGAAGCGCGUCUUCGCGGAUAAGCGGCGGCUCCCCGUGGAGGAGCUGAAUUGGGACGGCCGGCCGGUGCCUCGGCACAGGGUAUCAGCUACCAGUGGAGCGAGCUGCACGACUCGUCGGAGCUCCAGGUUCUCGUGAAGAGGGUGGAGGCCAUGGCCAGCCAGUUUUUAACCAACAUUCAGGGCGACAGGGCUCCAACGAGGUUCAGGACGAUGCCGUGGGUGGAGGUGUUUCGGCCUGGUGACUUCCAGUGGCCGCACGUGCGCACUGGUGCUUCUGUACAUGGUGUCUUUUUUGCCAGGCACGCUGAGAAUUCCAGCGAAUUGAUUUUUGAUGAUGUGCGGGGCGACAGCCCUCCUUUUGGCUACCGGUACGCGCACACCCCACAGCAGGGCGAGUUGGUGCUCUUCCCCGCAUGGGCGCCUCACAAGGUGACGCCCAACCAGGGUAGCACCAACAACGUGUACUACAGAUUCUUGCUGUGGCCGCCCAGAGGCGCGACGGACUUCGACUGGGAGGACGACCCCACGGGGGACUACGUCUACAAGAAGACCACGAACGUGAGGAGGAGCCUCCCGGAGCAGGCCCCGCAGGAGGCGCCUCUCUCGUCCACCUCCCCCGCUGGACCCCCUCCCUCCCCCCCGGGUCACGGCGGUGAGCUCUGAGCGGCCCGCCGCGCCCGGUGCCCACGCAUCCAGCACGCUGCUGCCGAAUGACGCCUGCGUACGGCGAAUCACCCUGGCCCUCUGCCUUCUAGGAGUAAGGCGGGCAUGUCCCUCUACAGGAGCUAAAUUUAAUUGUUCGCUCAAAAACCGCCUGUUGGGGGACGUGCCCGACCGAACACCUCGGUGCCUGCGGCGCGGUGGCGCAUCGGGUCGGCGGCCCCAGCAGCUCUCCCUUGCGCGGCGCGGCGUGGACAGGGCCGAGCUCGACGAACCACUAAUCAGGAUGCAUCACCUGGGAGUGUCCAACUCGAAGAAGAAAAGACGCCAUGAACCUAAACUGUUGGCGCACGCUCCCAC